AUGCAAUCGAACUUGAUGGAAAAAAUCCCAGACACAGGUCCCAGUCAUCGUCAACACCAGAAACGCGAAGCCUUCGAGCCCCGUACCAUGCCUCAGUUCUCCAAGAACAACCGGUCUUUUCCUGAGGUUGGCAACCCAUUGGGCAGACAUGCGAAUGGAUCGCAGAAAAAUGCAGCUCAGGAUUCGAAAAGUUCAUCUAGAAACCUUUCACACGUCCCUUGCAAGUUCUUCAGACAAGGAGCCUGUCAAGCAGGCUCUUCGUGUCCUUUCUCGCAUGCGACAGAUGUCGCCACAGAUACAGCUCCUUGCAAGUAUUUCCAGAAGGGAAACUGCAAAUUUGGCGUGAAAUGCGCCCUCGCGCAUGUUCUUCCGGACGGACGCAGAAUUAAUCCGAAGUCCCUGGCACAGGCAUACCAACAGCAGCACCAACCAUCUUCUGGGUCCAAUUCCAACGGAUUAUAUCAGCUGCAUCAACAGCAGAAUCGAGUGGGUUCAUAUGUUUCCAACUCGUCAAGAUCGCCUUCUAGCACAAUUUCGCGUUCGAUUGGAAGCACUAGCAACUCCAACCCUACAAGUACCUCCAACUUCUCCCUGCAGCAGAUCAACACGAACGGACUUUCGCAACCGAUCAAUAUUUCUGAGAACCCAGACGGUUCUCAGGUUUCACAAUCGCCUCAUCGGACAUUCAUUGGCUCAAACAACUCCCCUAUCGCAACCUCUCCGUUUGCCAAUUCCAUAUGGAGUAACCCCCAGAGUGCAGGCACUUCGGUAACUGCUAUCAACUCAAACCUUCAUAGUACCAGUGUUGGUAGCCACGAGAAUUUUGGAAAUACAAACCCCACAACACCUACCAACUCGAAUGGAAACUCGGUCAACAGAUCGAGCUACUACAGGACCCUAUCGCACAACGCAAUUUUGCGUCCGUCGUUCCUCUCAUCUUUGGCUAAGAAGCAAGAGCUCAUGGAAACUCCCAUGUUUUUGCCCAACCAGCAUCAACCAAUUCUUGAUGGGAGUGCAAUUGCAGACGACGAUGACGAUGAUCAGGGGCAGCUAGAUUUCGUGCCUUCGAGUCUUUCCGAUUUGCUCACCCCACAGGAGCUCAAGAGACGAAACUCAAGACCUCCGUCCACUGCUCCUACCCCAAAUUUUGGGCAAAGGACAGGAAGUGGAAGCGCAGCUCCUUCAUUUUCGAGCUUCUCGGAGACAACUGGUACUAACGUAAUUUCUCCAAAGAAUUCGUUCAACGUUUCGUCAAUCGGCUCGUCACAGAAUUUCUCCUUUCAACAGCCCAGUCAACAGAUCUUCCACACCCCAAUGGGCUUGUCUUUAAGUCAAGGGUAUACGCAUACCGAGGAUGAUGGAACACAAUUUCUGAUGGACGAUGAUAUGCAGUAA